CGGCAACACUGUAUCACAAAUCACACAGUAAUAAAAUAAUCAAACGCGCACUCGCUGCACUGCUCACCUUAGCAAUCAGCUAGAGCGCUUUGUAGUUCCCAUCACAGCCUUUUCACUUCCAAAAUCAUAAACAGGGUUUAGGGUUUUUCUCUUUGUUUUGUGCUUCAAUUCAAUCUCUGGGCUGCUGAAGAAGCUCUUAUUUUUUUUAUUUAUUUUUGAGAGAGAGAGAUAAUGGUGAAUCCAAGGUGCUUCCUGGACAUAAGCAUUGGAGGAGAGGUAGAAGGGAGGAUAGUGGUGGAGCUUUACAAAGAUGUUGUCCCCAAAACUGCAGAGAAUUUCAGGGCUCUUUGUACUGGUGAGAAGGGCAUUGGCCCUAAUACUGGUGUUCCUCUCCAUUUCAAGGGUUCUUGUUUUCAUCGCAACAUCAAAGGCUUUAUGAUACAAGGUGGAGACAUAUCUGCUGGGAAUGGCACCGGUGGAGAAUCCAUCUAUGGCUUGAAAUUUGAAGAUGAAAAUUUUGAGUUAAAGCAUGAAAGAAAAGGAAUGCUAUCAAUGGCUAAUAAAGGUCCCAAUACCAAUGGAUCUCAAUUUUUUAUAACUACCACUCGAACUCCUCAUCUAGAUGGAAAGCAUGUUGUUUUUGGGAAGGUAAUCAAAGGGAUGGGGGUAGUUCGUUCAAUUGAGCAUGUCAAUACAGGUGACAAUGAUUAUCCCACUCUUGAUGUUACAAUCAUCGAUUGUGGAGAAAUUCCCGAGGGAGCUGAUGAUGGGAUAUCCAACUUCUUUAAAGAUGGUGAUGUUUACCCUGAUUGGCCAGCUGACCUUGAUGUGAAACCGGACAAAAUUUCUUGGUGGAUGAUUGCUGUGGACUCUAUUAAAGCUUUUGGAAAUGAACAGUACAAGAAACAAGAUUAUAAAAUGGCUCUUAGGAAGUAUCGUAAGGCUCUGUGCUAUUUGGAUGUAUGCUGGGAGAUGGAAGAAGACAUUGACGAAGAGGAAAGCUCAUCUUUGAGGAAGACAAAGUCUCAGAUAUUUACAAAUAGCUCUGCCUGCAAAUUGAAAUUGGGAGAUUUGCAAGGAGCAUUGUUGGACACAGACUUGGCAAUGCGUGAUGGAGAAGAUAACGUGAAGGCUUUGUUCCGCCAAGGGCAGGCAUACAUGGCACUUAAUGAUGUAGAUGCUGCGGUUGAAAGUUUCAAAAAAGCAUUGGAGUUGGAGCCAAGUGAUGGUGGUAUAAAGAAAGAGCUUGCUGCUGCAAACAAGAAGAUUGUUGAUAGACGUGAUCGGGAGAAAAAGGCUUAUUCAAAAAUGUUUCAGUAGAGUUCAGGCAGUCACACUGUAUAUUGGAUACCUUCUGGUUUUGUUGGAGAGCAAUACAUAGUUUCCACACCUUUUUGAAAGAAAAACAAUGAGAGACUCAAAGCUUGAACCAAAUCUUCUAAACAUCUUUUCUUCUUGUAAAGCUUUUACUUGUAGCACGUUAUAAUAUUGCAAGCUGAAAUCAGGUAAGACUUGACGAAUACAUCUGAAUCAUCCAAACAAUCUUGUUAUCUUUCGUACAAGAAAAUUGCUGAUUCGAACAAAAAUGGACUGUUUCUUUUUCUUGAA